GCUGGGCCUCCCCAGACCUCCGGGGGCCUCCGCCUGCCCGCCUGCCGCACAGGGUGAUCCGGCCCUUUGGCCCUGGGGUCUCCAGGCACAGCAUGGAGGACGAUGAGGGCCCCGAGUACGGCAAGGCUGACUUUGUGCUUUUGGACCAGGUGACCAUGGAGGACUUCAUGAAGAACCUGCAGCUCAGGUUCGAGAAGGGCCGUAUCUACACCUACAUCGGCGAGGUGCUGGUGUCCGUGAAUCCCUACCAACCGCUGCCCCUGUACGGGCCCGAGGCCAUUGCCAAGUACCAGGGCCGGGAGCUCUAUGAGCGGCCGCCUCACCUCUAUGCCGUAGCCAACGCCGCCUACAAGGCCAUGAAGCAGCGAGCCAGGGACACAUGCAUCGUCAUCUCGGGAGAGAGUGGGGCCGGGAAGACAGAGGCCAGCAAGCACAUGAUGCAGUACAUCGCAGCCGUCACCAACCCCAGCCAGAGGGCCGAGGUGCAGAGGGUCAAGGACGUGCUGCUCAAAUCCACCUGCGUGCUGGAGGCCUUCGGCAACGCCCGCACCAACCGCAACCACAACUCCAGCCGCUUCGGCAAGUACAUGGAUAUCAACUUUGACUUCAAGGGGGACCCCAUCGGGGGCCAUAUCCACAGUUACCUGCUGGAGAAGUCUCGGGUCCUCAAGCAGCACGUGGGCGAGAGGAACUUCCAUGCCUUCUAUCAGCUGCUGAGAGGCAGCACGGACCAGGAGCUGAGUGCGCUACACCUGGAGAGGAAUCCGGCUCUGUACAAUUUCACACGCCAGGGAGCUGGGCUCAGUAUGGGACCACACAAUGCCUUGGACAGCGAUGAAGGGAGCUACCGGGCGGUGACAGAUGCCAUGAGGCUCAUCGGCUUCAGUGCUGAGGAGGUGGAGUCUGUCCAUCGCAUCCUGGCUGCCAUCCUGCACCUGGGCAACAUCGAGUUUGUGGAGACAGAGCACAACGGACAGCAGAAGGGAGGUCUGGCGGUGGUGGAGGAGUCUCUGGUGGCCCAUGUGGCCGAACUGACGGCCACACCCCAGGACCUGGUGCUGCGCUCCCUGCUGGCUCGCACCGUGGCCUCUGGAGGCCGGGAGCUCAUUGAGAAGGGCCACAGUGUGGCUGAGGCGAGCUACGCGCGGGAUGCCUUUGCCAAGGCUGUGUACCAGCGGCUGUUUGAGUGGGUGGUGGACAAGAUCAACAGCAUCAUGGCGGCCAAGGACCGUGAUCCCCGGCGAGAUGGCAAGGACACAGUCAUUGGUGUGCUGGACAUCUACGGCUUCGAGGUGCUCUCUAUCAACAGCUUUGAACAGUUCUGCAUCAACUACUGCAACGAGAAGCUGCAGCAGCUCUUCAUCCAGCUGGUGCUGAAGCAGGAGCAGGAGGAAUACGAGCGUGAGGGCAUUGCCUGGCAGAGCGUGGAGUACUUCAACAACGCGGCUAUUGUGGAGCUGGUAGAGCGGCCCCACCGGGGCAUCCUGGCCGUGCUGGAUGAGGCCUGCAGCACAGCUGGCCCCAUCACCGAUCACAUCUUCCUGCAGACCCUGGACACGCACCAUCGCCACCACCCACACUACACCAGCCGCCAGCUCUGCCCCACCGACAAGACCAUGGAAUUUGGCCGAGACUUCCGGAUCAAGCACUAUGCAGGCGAUGUCACGUACUCUGCAGAUGGCUUCAUUGACAAGAACAGGGACUCCCUCUUCCAGGACAUCAAGCGGCUACUGUACAACAGUGCGGACCCCACCCUGCGGGCCAUGUGGCCAGAUGGGCAGCAAGACAUCACGGAAGUGACCAAGCGCCCCCUAACGGCCGGCACACUCUUCAAGAACUCCAUGGUGGCCCUGGUGGAGAACCUAGCCUCCAAGGAGCCCUUCUACGUGCGCUGCAUCAAGCCCAAUGAGGACAAGGUGGCCGGGCGGCUGGAUGAGGAGCACUGUCGCCACCAGGUGGCCUACCUGGGGCUGCUGGAGAACGUGAGGGUGCGCAGGGCAGGCUUCGCCUCCCGCCAGCCCUACUCACGGUUCCUGCUCAGGUACAAGAUGACCUGCGAGUACACAUGGCCCAACCACCUGCUGGGUUCCGACCGGGCGGCCGUGGGCACCCUGGUGGAGCAGCACAGGCUGCAGGGAGACGUGGCCUUUGGCCACAGCAAGCUGUUCAUCCGCUCGCCACAGACGCUGGUGGCCCUGGAGCAGAGCCGAGCCCGCCUCAUCCCCAUCAUCGUGCUGCUACUGCAGAAGGCCUGGCGGGGCACCCUCGCCAGGUGGCACUGCCGUCGGCUGCGUGCUGUCUACACCAUCAUGCGCUGGUUCCGGAGACACAAGGUACGCGCCCACCUGGCAGAGCUGCAGCGGCGAUUCCAGGCAGCACGGCAGCCGCCCCUCUAUGGCCGUGAUAUUGUGUGGCCCCCACCUCCCGCUGUGCUGCAGCCUUUCCAAGACACCUGCCAGGCACUCUUCUGCAGGUGGCGGGCCCGGCAGUUGGUGAAGAACAUCCCCCCUUCGGAUAUGGCUCAGAUCAAGGCCAAGGUGGCUGCCAUGGGAGCCCUGCAGGGCCUGCGUCAGGACUGGGGCUGUGGGCGGGCCUGGGCCCGAGACUACCUGUCCUCGGCCAGUGACAACCCCACAGCCUCGGGCCUGUUUGCAGAGCGGCUGAGGGCACUGCGGGACAAGGACGGGUUUGGGGCUGUGCUCUUCUCCAGCCACGUCCGCAAGGUGAACCGCUUCCGCAAGAGCAGGGACCGGGCCCUCCUGCUCACAGACCGACACCUCUACAAGCUGGAACCAGGACGCCAGUACCGGGUCAUGCGUACUGUGCCCCUGGAGAGGGUGACAGGACUGAGCGUGACCAGUGGACCAGACCAGCUGGUGGUGCUGCAUGCCCAGGGCCUGGACGACCUCGUAGUGUGUCUACAUCGCUCCCAGCCCCCACUGGACAAUCGCAUUGGGGAGCUGGUGGGUGUGCUAGCUGCACAUUGCCAGGGGGAGGGGCGAGCCCUACAGGUCCGUGUCUCCGACUGCAUUCCGCUGAGCCAGCGCGGGGCCCGGCGCCUCGUGUCCGUGGAGGCCUGCCCGGAGCAGCAGGAACCAGAUUUCCGCUGUAGCCGUGGGGCCUUCACUCUCCUAUGGCCAGGCCGCUAACUACCCUAGCCCAUCCUUGCCCUUGGCCCUGGCCACACCAAGGGCCAAGCCCAUGCCCUGCACCCAAUCAAGCGGUGUGUUCCUGCCAGCGUGGCUGGGGCCUGAUUGGGCAUCGCAGGGCAGCCUGCUGCAUGAGUGGAACUCUGGUGGAUCAGGCCUGCAGCCACCUGCACAACCCACCUCCUUGGCCAUUGUCCACCAGCAUACCCUGUUCCCCCCACCCCAGGGUGGGGGAUCUGGUCUGAUCUGGGGCAGCAGGAGCUUAGAGAGAGGAUGGCCAAGGGGGCCAAGGCCCCCAAAACACUGCCCAAGGGCGCUUCAGCCCCAGACCCUCUAACUCAGCCUUUGAAACAAAUAAAAUGAAUAUUUUCAAAAAGGCGG